AUGCCGAAGACGUUCUCUAUCGUCUGCCACGUUAAGAACGCAGUGAUGGAGCCCAAUGUGGUGCUGACCGGUUCAGACGACAGUCAUCUUGAGGCCUUAAAGGAGAUGACAGCCUUGCUGGAGAGGUGUCAGAAGUUGCUGAACGAGUGCCUUGAUAACAAGAAGAAGCCCUUGCCUCACUUUUACUUCGUGUCAAACUUGGCGCUGCUGGGGUCCUGCUGA